UGGGCAGUCGUUCUUUUCUAUAUUCAAGAUGGCAGCCUCCGGACGACCAGAGCAUCAAGCUCCUCCUGAAAUAUUUUACAAUGAAACAGAAGCAGCAAAAUACACAAGCAACACUCGAAUGAUAGAGAUCCAAGAGAAGUUGUCAGAGAGAGCGCUUGAAUUGUUGGCCUUACCAGAUGACGAAUCAUGCUACGUGCUGGAUAUUGGAUGUGGGUCCGGUUUGAGUGGCGAUGUUCUCACGGAAGCAGAUCACACAUGGGUCGGCAUCGACAUCAGCUCCAGCAUGCUCAAUGUGGCUGUGGAGAGAGAGGUGGAGGGAGAUCUGAUCCUGGGAGACAUGGGCUAUGGACUGCCAUUCCGCCCAGGGACGUUUGACGGAGUUAUCAGUAUCUCAGCACUACAGUGGUUAUGCAACGCAGACAAGAAGUAUCACUCUCCAGCCAAGAGAAUGCAAGUCUUCUUCAGAACACUCUAUGCCGUCAUGAGACGAGGCUCCCGCGCUGUGUUCCAGCUGUACCCGGAGAACAGUGACCAGCUGGAGAUGCUGACUCAGCAAGCCAUGAAAGCAGGGUUCACCGGCGGGCUGGUGGUCGACUUUCCCAACAGCUCCAAGGCCAAGAAGAUCUUCCUGUGCCUGUUCUGUGGGGGUCAGUCGACAGCGCUGCCCAAGGGUCAAGGGACGGAGGAGAGCAGCUCAAACACAGCUCAGAUGGCUGGCAGAAGAGAGACGAAGCCAGACACACAGUACACAGGCCGCAAGCGGAAGGGACAUCAUUUCUAGCCUGCACUCCUCUCCCCUUCUCCCUUUUCCCCAUGUUCACGUCUUUCUGGCUGUACAUAGUGCAAAUAAAAAUGAGCCGGCGCUCCAAUACCCCCAUUGUU